CUCAUGCUGCUCACUACCAUCACAUGUCAAUUCGUGGAAGAGUCGUUGUACCAAGACGAGUGAUAGUUUAUAAUAGAAAGUAACGGUUUUUUCUUGUGUCUACGGACAGAUCGACGCUCAUAAGAAAAUCUCUUCAAGUAGUGAAAAGCUUCUCUGAUUAAAACUAGUUUUUCUAAGAUAAUUCUUGAUGUUGAAACACGAAUCCGAUGUCCAUUUUUGUGUCCAUAUUGAGUUUGUGAAUGAAUCUUUAGAAAUCUAGACUCUACAUCCGUUUACCGAGAGAUUCUGAUCUGACCAAUUUGUAGAGCUUAUCGAGUUACACAUGUAGAAAGAGUUUUAGGUUUUGCUAAGUUUCAAAAAUUUUAUUUUCAAGUACAGCGAAAUGUCCAAGGGGUAAAAAGCACAGACUCUGGACUUUUACGGAUUUUAAUGAACUUUGACAGUCUACCGAAGUCCAAAGUACAAUGGAGUCUAAUAAAGUCUGUAAAGGCCAGAAAAGGUUGUAAGUUUAUCUAAAUCGCCGUCAGAUUGGUUUCUGGUUGGUCAGAUCAGAAUCUCUCGGUGAACAGAUGUAGAGUCUAGAUUUCUAAAGAUUCAUUCACAAACUCAAUAUGGACACAAAAACGAACAUCGGAUUCGCGUUUCGACAUCAAGAAUUAUCUUAGAAAAACUAGUUUUAAUCACUUGGAAAGAUUCUCUUGUAGGUCUCUAGAAAAUGCUUAUAUUUUCUCAUACUAUCCUCUACACUCGUUGUGUGACGUUGUUUAUUUUCGUCUAUUGACAAGAUUGUUUUUGUUUAUUUAGGCAAUGUUGAUGAUGAAUUAAUCUCUCAUUCACCAAUUGAACAAUCUUUAACAAAUUUAAAACAAUUACAUCAUUUAAUUCGUGAUCAACAUCCAACGAUUGUCAAAGCACUUGAUUCUAUUACUUUACAAUUAAAUAUUAUUAAAGAGACAUUAUACGAACAUAUUGUUAAACAGUUGCACAUUUGUAUAGAAAAAGUCUAUAAAUACAUGUAUAACAAAGAUCAAACACAAUUAAUAAUUAGUGUUAAACAAAUAAUUGAUCAACUUAAAGAAUUGAUAUUUGAUGCUGUUAAUGGUCAAUAUGACCAAUUUCUUAUUUCUCAAGAUUAUUACAAUGAAAUGAAUUUAAUUGAUCGAGAAUAUAUUAAUUAUAUUAAAAUACAAUUUAAUCAAGAUUUCAACAAUGAUAAAUUAUUUCAUAAUAAUAAUGAUGAUGAUAAUGAUAAUGAUGAUGACGAGAAUCAAUCACUCUUGUUGCUAAUUGAAACAAUUGAAAAAUGGUUGAGUUUAUUUGAAAAACGUAUUGAACGUGUAUUACCUCGUGAAUUUUUAUUAAAUAAUUUGAAAUGUUCAUAUCUAUUUUCAUUUACAAGUCAAAUAACAAAUGAAUUAGAUAUACCUGGUGAAUUAAAUGUACCACCUGAAACACAAUUUUAUUUUCGCAUAAAUCGAUUUUUAUCACAUAUUCAACGUGUUAAAAAGAACAAUCAAUAUUAUCGUCGACUAAAAAUUCGUUCUCAUAAUGGAAAAUUAUUUUAUUAUUUAUUAUCAAAUGAUUAUCGUUCAAAAUAUUUAAAUAUUGAUGAAAUAUCAGCAACAACAACAACCAUUAAACAACAACAAUUACAAAAUCGUUCUUCAUUACUCAAUUAUAUGAAUACAUUUGCCGAUGAUAGACAUUUAAAUUAUAGUCAAGAACAAUUACUACAAUUUUUGAGAAUAGUAAAUCCAUAUUUAUUGAAACAAAAAGAAACAUUAAGACGUCAAACUCAAAUGUAUAUACCACGAUUACUAACAUAUUUACCAUCAUUGAGAUUAAUUGAAGAUAACUAUGUGUCGAAAACGUUAAUUGACAUUUAUAACGAAUCAAACAGCACGAGUAAGUAUAAGAUAUAGAAAUCUUGUUUAGAGUGUUUAGUACGAAAAUUUCUCUACUUAUAAAUAUCUUUAACUUAAAUUUUAGUAAAGAUAAUUUUUCUACUAAUUUCAUACUGAUUCUUCUCUCUGAGAUAAAAGUAACUAAUGAGUUAUAUUUGAGUAUUGUACUUUCACUUUUAAAGAAGAUUGAAGUAGUAUCCAACACACUUCAAAAAAUAGUAUCUUGUUUUACAACAAUUUCGAAAUCAUUCUGAAGUUUAGUGUACUCACGAGGGAACCUCUCCAAAUGUUCUCUCGUUUUUUCACGAUAUGUAGCAGGCUAUAAGUCAUUAUUGAAUAUAAACCAUAAUUAUAUGUAAAUGUUUUACGAAAUGUAAAAUAAUUAUUUGCAUUAUCACCAU